CUAUAAAUUAUGAUGUGUUGAUUAUUAGAUUUGUAUGUUCUAUUCGUGCUUGCUAGAUGCGUGAUUCAAAUCGAAUGCAGGUGCUUCCUGACAUCGCCACGUUCCCGACAAACUAUCUAAAAACAAUGACGUCAUAGUCCCGUCAAAACGAGCCAAUGGAGGAAUUCGAGAAAGCGGUGAAAGCGGUGAAAGCUGGAAAGUUAGGAAAGGUAGAGGAUUGGGUCAGGCGCGGCUUGGACCUGGAGGCAAGGGACCGUAAUGGUUGGAUGGUGUUGCAUCAUGUGGCGAAAUACGGGAAAGUAACAGUUGCUGUGUCGUAUAUGAUCGGGCAAGGUGUUGAUGUCAAUUGCAAAACAACUGGUGUAGACGGUUUCCAAGAGACCCCUUUACUGAUCUCGUGUCAGGAAGGUAACAUGGACAUGGUGAAAUAUCUGCUUGCACAUGGAGCGGACAUCAAAGCCAAGGACAGGCGCGGGCGGAAUGUGUUGCACUUUGCGUCAGAAUCAAAGAAUCUCAAACUUGUGGAAUAUUUUGUGGGUCAGGGAUUUGAUGUCAAUUGCAAAGAUACUAACAAUAGCACCCCGUUACUGAGAGCGUGUAGCGAAGGAAACAUCGACAUUGCCAAAUAUCUGCUUAGACAUGGAGCGGAUAUCAGCGCCAGGGACAGAUGGGUCGGGAAUGUGUUGCACUUAGCGUGUGAAGCAAACAGCCUUGCUCUUGUGGAAUAUCUGGUCAAUCAAGGUGCUGAUGUCAACUGUAAAGGCGUUUAUGACGUCACUCCGUUACUGAUAUCUUGCGAGAAAGGUAACAUUGAUAUUGUGAAGUGUCUUCUUGGACAUGGAGCAGAUAUCAAAAGCAAGGACAAACGAGGAAGGACUGUGUUAAGCUACGGGCGGGAGUCGAAAACUCCAGGCAUUGUGGAAUACCUGAGGAGUAAAGGUGGCGUUGAGAAUAUUGACACCAUCACUGAGUGGCCAAAGAACACCGCAGCGCCUCCUAACCUGCCUUCAGAUGUUGCUGUCACUUCCAUAGCGUCAACAACAGCAACAGCCAUCUUUGAAGCGCCCCCUGCCGGAACAUAUGAUUGUUUCAAGAUUUCCAUCGUCCCAUGGACCAAUGGUGAAACACUGUCGUCCCUGGUGAACAAAUCUGGAACUACGUACCAUGCCCUGUUUUCCAACCUCGUUCCUGGUACAGAUUACACAGUUGCAGUGGGUACCUUUGUUGGAGGGAUUGCUGGCACACAACGGACAAGGACAUUCAAAACAAGUAAACCUCGAAUUAAGGGGGACAAACAUGUGGCGGAAGGAACGCCGCAAGUCGGCCCUGCUGUAGAAGGAACGCCCCAAGUCGGCCCUGCUGCAGAAGGAACGCCCCAAGUUGGCCCUGCUGUAGAAGGAACGCCCCAAGUCGGCCCUGCUGCAGAAGGAACGCCCCAAGUCGGCCCUGCUGCAGAAGGAACGCCCCAAGUCGGCCCUGCUACAGAUGCUGUUGAGAUCCCCCAACCGUCUGGACAAGUGAUUAUCCAACAGAUAGCGCAUGUCAGUGGAACUGGCAAUAUCGGGAACAUACACAACGAAGGAACAUUCAUCGUGAACGUCACCAACACGCGCACGGCUGGGAAGGUCACCAACACGCGUACGGCUGGGAAGAAGAAGAAGAAGCAAAAGCCAGGGAGGAAUACGGUUCCUAGAAAUGGCAAGGCAAGCAGGGACAACAAUUUUGCGGGAUCUUCGUCACCCUCUGGGGAACAGUCACAGAAUGAAGAGGCACUGGAAAUGGGGAAUUCGGCAAGGAUUCAACAUGGUGGGGCCGCGGACGAAAGGACGCCCAUGUUACUAGUCCAACAGCAUGAUUUCGGUGAUGAAGAGCCCGUGAAGGAAGAAAGGUCCUCCAGAUGGUGCUGCUGCUGUUAAUGGGCCAACGUGACUACAUUCCGCACUAAAAACAAAAGGCAGAGAAAGUACUAGUUGCUGUUUUGUGUUUUUUGAGAAUGAUACCAGUAUUAUUAGCUGUUCCGCUUAUAGAUUUGAAAGUGUAAAGCAUCGGCCUGUACAAAUGUGUAUUUCAAGUAAUAUAGUCUAUAUCUGCGAGUUGAGAGAGUGAAAGUCAAUCGUAAGAAGCUAUAAUCACAUCGCUUGUUGAGUAUUGGAGAUAUACAAGAUCAUACAACGUUAAAGUUCGGAGUGUUUUGUUUGCCCAUCAUACCCGACAUACACUACUCCUACUGCAUUCAUGGUUUCAUAACGGCUAUAGUGCGCGUCGCCAAUGUGCAACCGAAUCUCGGUGUUACAAAGCUAUCUUUCUGGUGUGAAUGAAUUAUAUUUUACACUGCGAAUCUGAAUCUCCCAAGUUUUCUACUGAUCUCUGCACCCGAAAGACUCCUUCAAACGCGUCAUUGUACUCUUCCGCCCAUCCGCAUCUAGUUCGUCAUCAUCUUCAUAGAGGGCGGAUCACCUCUCCAUGCCAUGACUAUUCAAAUAUUCGUCCAAAACCUCGUCAUUUAAUUCGUCAUUUUUCUCCAAAUAUGGACGAAAGUCAAAUGCAGAAAGUUUCUCACUUGAACACAUCGCGCGCCUGGUUUUUAUCUUCAGUUUCCCCAUCGUUGCCAUUUGGAUCCAAUCCGUCAGAACCUGGAACUAUUUCGUCCUGCAGUUGAACAUUGACGGCACUAAUUGGCACAUUGCCAUCAUUGCUCGGUGUGACAUCACCGAUAGGAGUUGGUCUGCUAAUAAUAUACGUGGAGCUAUCGUCGAAAUCAUCGAAGUCAUUUUGCAUGCCGGAAUCUGCCGAACCGGUUCGGUACCCGGCCGAAGCCUCGUCUUCUUUGUUUUGCGCCUGGAUUUGACCUUGACCUUUAAGAAAGUCCGCGUGCUGUGAAUGAGGCUGUGGCGCCUUGCCUCCAAUCGGCGGUAGAGAAUGUCUAUAAAACGGGUCAUAGUAACUGAUGUUGUAGCCCAUCAGGGAAAGCGAUGAGCGUCUGGAUCCUGACCCCUCAGAGACACCUGGCGGGGCCUGUGCACUAGCCUCCUUUAACUUUUCCGCCAAUUUUUCCAUCUCUUGUUUCACCCUUUCGCGAUCCUCCGUGGUAUCACGUGUACUGGGGACGGGGCUGGAAAUAACAGCCGAUUUUGCCGCGAACGACACCGACAUUUGUGGUUUCCCAGCAGACUUCUGUGCAACCGGAAGUUUCGACAGCGCGCGUGGACUAGUCGGUAAUUCCGGUUCCGUCCAAGGCAUCGGCGUAUCCGGUCGCGAUUCAAUAUUGCCGUUUUCGUCAUCGAGCUUCGUGUAAACGUUGGCUCUGCUCCAAUCAUCUUGGAGUAAGUCAUAAAGCCUUCCUCCCUCCGCCUCCUUUCGGCGAGGGUACUUAACUAACGGUCCGGAGACGUCACCUUUAAUUGGUGGUAAUUUUCCUUUAGAACCUUGAAAAGUCCCCGAGUGUCCGGAUAUAGGAUGUGACGCCAUUUGACAGUUCUCAGAUUGUCUUUGGACUGAUGGGAAGUUAUGUUUCAAUUUUUCCUUUUCGUCUUCGUCUAGUAUAAAUCAGACCGUAACAAAACUAAGGAUCAGACCACUCGACCAUCCGUGGCACGUGAAAGACACUUUUCUCUGCGAUGGUAGGCCAUAUUUUGCGCCCGCAAGCAGGCAGAACAAAGCAAGCCGUUUCGCACUGCCGCUGCCCUGCGCCCAGAUGCAGAUCACGGCAAGUCUUGCUCGUUUUUUAGGCCGGUCUGUGAUCUUAGUUGGAACCGAUCAACCUGAAAUAAGAAAGCAAACAAUUAAAUGAGAAAACAGAA